AUGACCCAGGAAGUGAGAGAGAAAGAGAGACUCCUGGAGGAGAAGAACCAGAUAAUGGGACAGAGGGAGAAACUAUUAGAAGAGAAAGAAAACCAACUGGAAGAGAAAGACAAGCAACUAAAGGAUAGAGACAUUCAACUAGAGGCACUGAGAAAGAACCUGCAGGACAAGAACAGCCAAGUAGAGAACUUCAGAGUCCUACUGCAGGAAAAAGACCUUCAACUAGAGGACAGCAACCACAGACUGGAAGAGAAGGACAGACUACUGCGAGAGAGAGACAAACUACUGGAAGAGAAAGAUAAACAGCUGGAAGAGAGAGACAAACUACUGGAGGGAAAAGAAAAUGAGCUAAAAGAGAGGAAGCAGGAACUAGAAGAGAAAGAUAACCUACUAGACGAGAGAGACAUUCAACUAGAGGCACUGAGAAAGAACCUGCAGGACAAGAACAGCCAAGUAGAGAACUUCAGAGUCCUGCUGCAGGAAAAAGACCUUCAACUAGAGGACAGCAACCACAGACUGGGAGAGAAACCCAGACUACUGGAAGAGAAGGACAGACUACUGGAAGAGAGAGACAAACUACUGGAAGAGAAAGAGAACCAACUAAAGGAAAGAGAACUUCAACUAGAGGACAGAAAAUAUAGACUGGGAGAGCAGGACAGACUACUGGAAGAGAAAGACAAACUACUGGAAGAGAAAGACAAACUACUGGAAGAGAGAGACAAACAACUGGAAGAGAGAGACAAACUACUGGAGGGAAAAGAAAAUGAACUAAAAGAGAGGAGACAGGAACUGGAGGAUGUCAACAAUGAAAAUGCUGAACUGGCUCAACAGAUAUGUGAUGUGAAGACUGAGGUAGAGAGACUGAGAAGAGAGAUCUCAGCCCAGAUGACUGAACCUGGAGAGACGUCAGAUACAGGUUCCAUACUCCCAGUCAGGAGGAGACAGAGCAAGGAUGAUCCUCCAGACAUGGGAGGAGAGACCACAGAUACAGACCCCACACUUCCACUGAGGAGGAGAAACAGCAUGGAGUUAAAUCCUCCAUUUAUGGGAGGAGAGAGCAGCAGUCCAGACUCCCCAGUGUCUCCCAGUGUGUCUGAGCUGAGACUAGUGCUGCUGGGGAGGACUGGGGCUGGGAGGAGUGCAGCAGGAAACACCAUCCUGGGCAGAGAGGAGUUUGGGGCCCAGACCAGCCCCUCUGCAGUGACCCAGAGGAGUAAGAGGAGAGAGGGGGACGUGUGUGGGAGACGGCUGGUGCUGGUGGACACUCCAGACUGGUUCUGUCCUGGACUCUCUCUGGAGGAGAUGAGACAGGAUGUGGGGAUAUGUGUCCGUCUGUCUGCCCCGGGACCCCACGCCUUCCUCCUGGUCAUACCAGUGGAGCCCUCUAAGGGGGAGGAGAGAGGGGUGCUGGAGAGAAUAGAGGAGAUGUUUGGGGAGGGUUGUUGGGAACACACUGUGAUUCUAUUCACCCAUGAUGAUGUCCUGAAAGAGCAGAGCAUUGAGGAGUUUCUCCAAGCAGGAAGUCAGGACCUCCAGCAGCUUGUAGAGAAAAGUGGGAGCAGGUACCACGUCCUCAACAUUAAGGACAGGGCCCAUGGCACUCAGGUAUCAGAGCUGCUGGAUCAGGUAGAGGAGAUGGUGGCAGGAAACAGAGAGAGAUUCUACAGCAGUCAGACCUACCAGGAGGCAGAGGACCAGGUUAGAGAGAUGGAGGGAAAGAUCCAGAGAGAGAGAGGAGAGAGGAAACAGAGGGAGGAGAGAGACUUGAGAGAGAGGCUGGAGAAGGAGCUGCAGGAUUCUCUGAAGGAGAAAGAUGGAGAGAUCCAGAAGCUCAAGAGAGAUAUCAGAAUUCUCAGAGAACGAAUAACAGAACUGGAGAGACAGGUGAAAGAAGAGAGGGAUGAGGAGAAGAAAAUAGAACUGGAGAGGGAGCUGAAGAGGGAGUCUGAUAGGAAGGUGGAGAUGGAGAGAAAGAUGGAGAGAUUGAAAGAGGAGAGAGAGAAUGAGAGGAGGGAGAUGGAGGAGAGACACAGACAGGAGAUAGAGGACAUGAUGGAGAACUAUGAAGGAGAGGCCAAAGUUGAUGCAGAGAGAAACCUGAUGAAGAUAGUCCUACCUGAGUUACAGAGGAACAUCAUGAUCUCACAGACAAAGAUGCAGAGGGAGUUCAGCAGACAGAUGGAGGAGAAGAAUAGACAGAUGAAGGAGAAGAAUAGACUUAUAGAGGAGAAGGAUAGAGUGAUUGUGGAAAGGGAUGGAGACAUAGAGGGACUGAUAGAUAGACUGUGGGAGAUGUGCAAAUGAGUUACUGUAACUAGCCUGAAGAAGUGCUGGGAUACAUGGAGAGGUAGAAGAAGGGAGAAGAAGAAGACAGGGAGAACUGAUGGAGAUCUGAGGAAUGUUUGGGCAGAUGUAACCUAGUUCACCAUUUCACUGAAUUAGCCUGACAACGAGGUUAGAGAUGAGAUGACUUGUUCAUGGAGGGAUUGGAGAAGUUAGAGAUAAUCACAUGAUAUUUAUCUGACAAUGUAAGACCAACGUGAUAGUCUGUCUUGUGAUGAG